CUUUCGUCAUUCUACACUUCUCUCAAUCACGAAUUUGCCUGUUUCUGUUCAAGAUGAUGAUGGAAGAUGACGAUGACGAUUUCUACGACCCUGCCGAUGCAGUACCCGUAAACCAAGCUCAGGAUGCUCCCCAAAACCAAUCGAACGAAAAGUCUCAAGAAUCGAAUGAAGGGGAGGAGCAGGAGGAGGAGGAAAUAGAGGUGGAAGAGGAUGAGGAUGACUUCAAUAUCAUCACAGAAGCUCCUCCAGAUGCGCCGCCUCCGGAAGUACCACAUCCUCGCCAUGCCAACCUACGAGCAGAGCCCCAAAGACCUUCAUCAGCGGAUAUAUCGACAAAAUCAGUCACACCUACAGUAACGCCUAAACUCGAAGCUGCCACUCCGGCGCCACCCAGCGCAAGACCAACCGCACCUCAGAAGCCUGGAUCCGCAUACCCGCCCGUGCACGCGUCGACGAUCGAUGUCAAUGCGAACCCUGUUCACCCUUCUACGGGCAAGCCGAUCCUGUCAACAGAUAUGGACUCGGACUUUCCAACCGAGGACGAUAAACCAUGGAGACGACCUGGUUCGGAUAUCUCCGACUAUUUCAACUACGGAUUUGAUGAAUUCACCUGGGCAAGCUACGUUCUGAAACAACAAGAGCUACGGAAAGAAGUCCAAGACCAGAAGAAGCAAUUGGAUGAUAUGCAGAAUUUCUUGACCAUGGGUCUUCCGCCAAUGCCAGGAGCUCCGGGUCCUGCUGCGCCUCCUGGCAGCGCGCCGCCAGCUAUGCCCGGUAUGCCAGGAAUGCCAGAUAUGUCCCCUGAUAUGAUGCAGGGCAUGCUGGCAAGUAUGAUGUCGCAAGGCAUGGAUCCGUCAUCUAUGGAUCCCAUGUCCUUCAUGCAACAUGCACAGGCGAUGAUGGGAAGCCAAGGUGGUGCUGGCGCCGGGCAGCAGCAAGGCCAGCCUGGGUUCGGCGGCCAGUCGCAAGGAUCGGGAUUUGGAGGACAAGGUGGUGGCCAGGCUCAUAUGGGAUUUGGAGGUUACGAUCAGAGGGGUGGUUUUGGCGGCCGAGGACGAGGAAGAAGAUGGUAGAGCUAAGGAUAUAUGUCUUCUAUUACCAUGUUGUAAUGUUCGAUUUGCGGGGUCAGUAGCACUCGGAAUAAUGGGUCGGAUCUGGCGGCGUUCACUUGUAUACAGUCUGUGUUAACCAUACCAGUGAGCAUGAUCUUUAAGAUCAUGAGCUUAAGCUGUCCGCAACAAGAAAUUCGGGGAAAAGGAGCUGUCGCAGGCGACUCAGCUGCAAACUGGCAUUGAGACAUCCAUUGU